GAUUUUUCAAUAUUUCGCCUUGCCGAGUAAAUUUAAAAAAAAAAAGUGAAUGCUCACCAUCUUUAUUAGCAAAAGCACCUCAAAGGAUAAAUGUAAAUAAUUUAUCAAAAAUUUUAAAUUUAAUAAAAAUCACAUUAAGAGACAUUCCUAGUAAAAACAUCACCUAAAAUAAUUAUACUUAUGCAUCCAUGCAUGUCUAUAUAAUAAACAAUAGUUUGAAAAAAUCCAAGAGAUAGUUACAUUUACCUAAUUACUGUUAUUAUUGAGGUUUAUCUUGCGACGAAACGUCAAUCAAUUCGUUUGGUUAACACCAAAAACUAGCAGUUAGACGGAAUAGGUAGGUUUACAAUGUUUGGCCGGCCUCGACCCCAUCCCAUCAGUUGGGACGCGACUCUAGCUGUGCCACCAGUACACUAUAGAGAGCCGUGCGCGCCGGCCCGCUUGCUCACUUCCCGGGAAACUCGAACUAGUGCGCUUACGUGAAUAACACGAAUGUAAUAAUUGCGUGAUAUAACAACGAAAUAAUCUUAGUGAAUAAUGCCGUUCAUGGUGCGAUAAUCAACUAAUUUCGAAACAACUUUAAGGCAGAGUCAAGGGCGCCGGUCAACGAUCAUGGCUCCUGCACAACAAGAUGUUACGAUGCGCGAAGAAUCAGUGCAACCGCUAAUAAAAAUAAGAGACUUAAAAAGUGAAUACAGUAGUGAAAAUGGUAUAGACUGUUUUGACAAUAAUAAUAUAGUGAUAAAAAAAAGGCCUAGUGAUGACAUAUUCAGUGAUAAAGAUUUCGACUUGAGCCAGUACGAGGCGAUGGAAUUCACGCCGCGGAUCAGGUGGCCAGACCUCAUUGUACAAUUAGCAUUACAUUCACUUUCAAUAUAUGGACUAUAUUUAGUUUUAACGUUUGAAGUGAAAUUUUUUACAAUAUUAUUUGUAUUAGCAACGGUUUACACGUCCGGGUUCGGCAUAACGGCGGGCGUGCACCGGCUGUGGUCGCACCGGGCGUACCGCGCGACACUGCCGCUGAGGAUAGUGCUCGCCAUCCUCUUCACAAUAACCGGACAGCGUGACAUCUAUACGUGGGCGCUGGACCAUCGAGUGCACCACAAGUACUCUGAGACGGUGGCCGACCCGCACGACGUGCGACGCGGGUUCUGGUUCGCCCACGUGGGCUGGCUGGUGCUGAGCCCACACCCCGCCGUCGAGAACCGCCGGGCGGCGCUCAAACUCACUUCCACGGACCUCAUGGCCGAUCCCGUAGUCAGGAUACAAAAACUACUGUUCAUUCCUUUGUUCGGGUUGCUGAACAUAAUUGUGCCAACGGCAGUGCCCUGGUACUGUUGGCAGGAAACCCUGCUGAACAGCCUCAUUCUCAGCUUCGUCACUCGAUUCACCAUUACCUUAAACAUCGCGUACUGCGUCAACAGCUUCGCACAUCUUUGGGGAAACAAGCCCUAUGAUAAGUUUAUUACGCCAGUGGAGAACGCAGUAGUGAGCUUGGCGGCGCUGGGUGAGGGCUGGCACAACUACCACCACGUGUUCCCGUGGGACUACCGCACCUCCGAACUGGGCAGGAUCAACAUCUCCACUAACUUUAUCGAUGCAUUCGCAAAGAUCGGCUGGGCAUAUGACCUCAAAGCUGCAAGUACGUCUAUGAUCAUCAAUAGAGUCAAAAAAACCGGAGAUGGCACAUUUGGAGAAACCGAAGAGCCUGAGCCUAGUCCUGCCGAACACAAACACUUGUAGAUCAUCUUACAGAAUUACUCAAACUCAUUUAUUGGUACCUAAGUACCUAAAUAAGUACAAAUUGUUAAUUUUAUGCUUAAUUAUUGUUUCUUCAAUGUCAAUAUAAAAUGCUUUCUUGUAUGGGCUUCCUUUAAUGUUCAGUUUUGUAAAUUAUAAACAAUGGUGUCGCUUCUGGCGUGAUUCUCUAAACUUAAAACUAAAUUUAACAUCAGUCUCUCCUUUUCAUUCUGUAUAGAGACUUCAGAAUUAAUUAAGUUUAGAUUUAGAGAAUCGUGCCAGAAUCGACACCGAUAUUUCGUUAUUUAUAAUAUAAAGGCCGUCUAUGAUGUAAUCCCUGCCCGCGCCGUUAGUGAGAUAUUGUGAAAGCAGUGUAGAGUAUCAUCCAUAUGCGAUCAUUUAUUUUAGAUCACACUUUAAAGGGCCACAACACUGACGUGCGAUGGACGUUUUGCAAAAAAAUACAUCACAAACAGAAUCGUGCCUAUAAAUACAGGUGCCGUACACAAGUAGCCUGACCAUUCUGUUUAUCUGAAGAAUAACGCUAAGUUUUCAAGUUUCAAAAUAAGCAACGAAUUAUAUUAUAUUUAACAUUACGAUCAUGAAUGAAUCACGACUUACUUAAUUUAUAGCAACAAGAAAUUAUUUUCUCGGCGAAGAAAAAUAAGUUGAUCAAUAGCGUAUCGAUCGUCACACCACAGUGUUGUUGCUAGGAACUUUAUUGUUACUUCAACACCUAUGACGAAAAUUGAGGAACAUCCACUACAAUAUAUAUUGACUUGGUCCUGUACAUUAGUUUAAGAAAUAUAUUGAUUAAAUGGGUAAAUAUUUUGAUCGAAUCAACCAAAGUAUAAUAGUAGUUGCAUAAUCCAUGUAUUUGCUUUUGUGGGUGUUGGAGAGUGAAUGAUUAAACCCCUGAUUCAAUUGUAUUGCCCUGUUAGCGGCGUCAGAAAUUAUUCUGUGUAUACCUCAUUGUGUAUUUAUGCUUGUACAUUGUUGUUCAUUUUUCUUUAGGAUUUUACUUUAGUGAUAUCAAACAUGCUGAUGUAAAACUUAAUUUUAAUUACUUCUUCGAUUAAUCUCUUAAUAUAUUGAAAUAUUGGUACGGUCAAGGAUUCGUUGAUGGUUACAAUUUGUCAUUGGCUUUUAAUGCUAAACAAUGAAACGGGUAAUUUUGGUAGCGGAAGUAAAUAUUAUUUUAUUAUAAAUUUAAGAGUAAAUAAUUGUAUUUCUACAUAAAUAACCAAAGCAUUUACCAUCUCUGCAUAGAAGAUAGGAUAAGAGCAACAUUUGAAUAAAAAUUAUAACUACAGGGGGAGAAAUGUACUGCUGUACCUGCAUACUUGUAAAUAGGUACUUUGAUUGAGUACCAUAUCAAGAAACUUAUAUUUCCCUGCAUGCAACUCAAACAUUUUUGUAUUAUACAUAAUUGCUUUCAUUUAAUAAGAUGGUACACACAGUAUCCUAAAAUAUGACUAACCAUCAUUUGAACAAUAGUUUAUUAAACAAAACCGUUGUCCCGAAUGCACCAGUGACUUGCUCCAUUAAUGGUACAGAUGAAACUGAUUAGCUUCGUUUGCACCAUUAAUGAAGCAAAUGAACCACAGAUACCUAUAGAUAGUGUUAUCUAAACCAUUGUGAUGUUACUUAUACUAUAAAACGUGGUUAUGAAACUAGGUAUUACUCUUUACAUGUUAUAAUUUUUAUUUUACAAUUUUAUCUCAAUAAUUGUAUAAUUUGAGUAAAUUUUCGUAAUAACAACGAGUGAAACUUAGGUUGUAUAUAAUCAAAGAUUUGAAGUUUAUUAGUUUAUUCGGCAUUAAUUAGUAUUUUCAACAUUACUUUUUAUGGCGAAGAAAGAAAGGGGGGAAAAGUAGUAUUUAUAUUAAUGGUGCAAACGAAACUAAUCAUUCAUGGUGCAAGUCAACGGUGCAUUCGGUACAACGGAAAGGAAACUUAUGAAAUUAUAUUUUGCUUGGACCCAUAAAGCCAUAACGAUAAUUUAUUUCCUGUGAAUUAACUAGGUGGUAAACUAAUACGACCAUUGAAAAUGGUGACGAUGAUAUAAUCAUUCCACUUUUUAAUACGAUUCGUUUGAGAGAGUUUUAAUCAAGAUAUUUUUUUAUGAGAGAGGUUUAUAUUACAUAACUUAACCUUAAACUAAACAUAUUUAAUAAAAUUUAUAUAAAGUACAAAAACUAAGCUGAAUAAUAUUUUUAUUAAUAUAAAGUAAUAUUCCGUUGGAUAAAUUGUUUUUUCUUUAAUUCUUAGUCUUAAUUUUUCAUUCUCAAAUCAUUGAGUAAUGGUUAUGUGCAACAUUGUUAAAAAUAAACAUGAUUGUAAAUUGAAUAUAACUCUUCUUUUUGUCUGUAAACAUAAAUACAUUUUAUCCGGGAUUGAAAAAAGGUCUUUAGAAUAAUGUUAAACCACUUGGUUUAACAUUAUUGGCGCCAAUAACUUUAUUGGCGUUAGUGAGUUUUUCAUGACAGCUAGCGGAAAGAAAAAAGUGUAAUAAGCGUAUUCAUUAUAAUAUUAUAUUAAAUUAUGUUUUAUUUUACACUUAUGGCCGCACUAAGAAACGUAGACUAAGUUUUAAGUGUGAUGAAAGUUGUGCUGUCUCUUUGUUUGCGAUUCAAUAAGAAGGAAACAGCAUGUGAUUCCAAUGACAAAAAAUUUUGUUGACGUCUCUGAAUACGACCUUUAUUGUACAAAAAAUUGUAAAAGUUUAUAAUUUUCUAAUAAGUAACGAAAAUACAAUUGCUUUAAAUUUAAUUUAAAGUUCCAGAGUAUAACUUUAAACGAGCUUUUCCAUUAAACUAAUUAAUUACUACAAAUAGCCUCACUUGAUGCUAAGAGAGGAGCUAUUCUUUAUUUAAUAAAAAAGAAAAACAGAAAUAAGCACAAAACCACCAAAAGGUAGUGAAUAUGAUUGUGGUAUUUUGUAAGGCAAGGUUAUUUGCCCAGAUGUGCGUUUUAAUUCGACCGGUUAAUCUAUUCCCUACCCCUAUAAUACUCGCUUUGUAACUCAUGAAGCUUUCGUCAGUGAACCAGUACCUUUAGCACGAACCAAUAUCGAUAUCGUAACGUUUGCGAGUAUGAAAUGUCAUUCAUUGUCAAAUGUGUAUGAUUUUUAGUUCUCGAUAAGUCGGUUAUGGCGCUGCUGUUCAAGUUUCUAUACAAAAUUUGACAAUGACAUAUCG